CACACACACAGCGCGGAGCAGCAGCAGCGUUUAUCACUCGGCCGCUCAGUAACAACACGAACUGGACAUCCGGGGCUACAACUCCGUCUGUGUCCUCGGUGGAUUUGCUAACGAUUGGAUAGUCAGUUUUGAGUAUGAUUUAUCCGAGUGUUUAAUGGAAACAUGGAAAUACCGUUAAUAGCAUUGUUUUGUCUGCUCGUGUGCUGUGAACUUUCGGCCGUUAUCGCGUACACGCGCCACUUCACGUUCGGGAAUAACAGCCGCACUCGCUCAUAUAAUAAUAAUAAUAAUAAUAAUAAUAAUAAUCCUGCUCUCGGGAGCAGCACUGAGAGCGCACGGUCACUCCUAACUGACAGCAAAGUCUUUAAUGAACAACAGGAAGAGCGUUUGUUCAGGACUUUUAUCCUGGAGCCUCAGAAUGUUACAGGUGUCCGAGCGGACGUAAAUACUACAACACCUGACUCCCAUGCAGGCACGAGCCAUGUGAAAGAUUCCGGUUCGUAUCAGCGACCCAGAAGAGCCGCACGGACCGAUCAGACUGAUCCUGGAUCAGGAGUUAAGAGGUUGGGAAGGCUGUCUAACCCGUCCGCUCAGAAGCAGCCCACUGAUCUGCCGACGGUUUCCCCUACUCUCAGCAUCACCGUCCCUGAGGAGGACUACACGGACAGCACUCCCCUCGGCCCAAUUAACACCCGGCCCAGAGGUCCCGGCCUGCCCAACCCCUUCCAUCCGGUCACAGGAGAAUCCUACGCUGCGUACGCGAUUAUAAUAGUGUCUGUAAUCAUGUUCACAGCGGGGAUAAUCGGCAAUAUCGCAAUCAUGUGCGCUGUGUGUCAUAAUUACUACAUGCGCAGCGUCUCCAACUCACUGCUCGCCAAUCUGGCCCUGUGGGAUUUCCUCAUCACCUUCUUCUGCUUACCCUUAGUCAUAUUCCACCAGCUCACGAAGGACUGGCUGCUCGGAGAGCUUUCCUGUAAAAUUAUACCCUACUUUGAGGUGGUUUCCUUAGGUGUAACUACUUUUACCGUUUGCGCAUUGUGUAUCGACCGUUUCCGAGCCGCAUCCAAUGUGCGGAUGUACUAUGAGACGAUUGAGAACUGUGCCUCAACUGCAGCGAAGCUGGCUGUGAUCUGGCUGGGCGCUCUUUUGCUGGCACUGCCUGAGCUGCUGAUCCACCAGCUGGUAACAGAGGAGAGAGAGGAACCUGCUGAGGAGCUCCCUGAGGUGGCUAAUGAGAUGCUACCCAGCGAGCGCUGUAUAAUCCGCAUUUCCACAACACUCCCUGACUCCCUUUAUGUGCUGGGACUUACUUAUGAUGGAGCCCGUCUGUGGUGGCAUUUUGGCUGCUACUUUUGCCUGCCCACUGUUUUCACCAUCAUCAGCUCAGUGCUAACAGCACGGAAGAUACGCCAGGCCGAGAGGACAAGCGUUAGAGGGCAGCGUGAGCAAAUCCACCUGGAGAGACGGAUGAACUGCACGGUAGUGGCUCUGGCUAUCCUGUAUGGGUUUUGUGUCAUCCCUGAGAAUGUCUACAAUGUUGUGCUGGCAUACAUGGCCGUAGGAAUGCCACAGCAAACUUUGGAUGUCUUGCACAUGCUUAGUCAGAUGCUGCUGUUCUGCAAGUGUGCAGUAACACCUUUGCUGUUGUUAGCGCUUUGUCAGCCUUUUAGCAAAACCUUUCUGCAUUGCUGCUGCUGCUGCUUGGAAGAAUGUGGCCCACCAAAGUUGUCUAACGGUACUAGUGACAACAAUGAGAAUGAGGCCACUACUGAACUGGAGCUCUCGCCUUAUAGCACAGUUCACAGAGAGGCAACUAGCUAUACAUCUGUGAGCACACACUGCUAGGAGACUGUGCACAUAACAUGCUCCACCUUAUUCGUACUGUACACAUAUCAACCACUGCCGUGCUCUACACACUCGGUUAUAUCAUACCACACUUUAUAAAGGGCUCAGACUUUAUGAACAUUUUGAUAUGACAUGUGAGUUAUAACGUGAGAUUCUUAGCAACAAAAUAAACUACAUAAAGCAAUAUGGGUAUAAUAGGACAGGUUUUCUUAGUUGUAGCUGCUCAUUACUGUUUACAGAAGAAAACCAUGAGCAUUAAUUAUAGUUUAAAUGGAGUUCAUAGGGAUUAUGAAAUAACUCACUUUUUUUGCACAAUUGAAAGUUUACAUGGUAAAUUUCUUUGCAAACACACUGUAGUUUUUUUAAGACUUAUGGCUAGUAAUGUUAAAUAGCUGGUAGUUAAUAUGUUGAUGGCCGAUGGUAAAUGAUGAUUCAUAUGAGUCAGUUGAACGUUAAUCCUGGCUGCCUUGCUAUGUAAGCAUUAUUUUCACUCUAUCCUUAGUAUCAGGAAAAACUGCAUCACUUUACCUGACACUGUAUAUUUUAGUUAAACUAUUGUUGUAAUAAUAAAAAAGGGAUG